AAAUGGAUAAGAUCACAUUCCCCAAAUAAACACCAAACUCUUUUCUCUAUCCAUAAAAAAAAAAAUCAUAUUCUAAUAUAAAAAAAUAAAAAUGGCUACUACUCCUCUAAGUCGUCUUCUUCCUCUUCCUCCCCACUCCAUUGUUACUACUCAUCAUCAUCAUCACUCUUCUUCCACUUCAAAAUCACCACCACCAACACUUUCCUUAUCUUCUCAUUCUCCCCAACCCCAAUUCCCUCACAAUCAAAAGACUACUACUUUUACUACUCUUAGAAGAGAUUUCUUGAAAGGGCUCGCAUUGCUUCCUGUUUUUCUCGACCUCAAAACGCCGUCGUCUUCUGCUGCCAGAGAGGUUGAGGUCGGUUCCUACCUUCCCACAUCACCUUCUGACCCUAAUUUCGUUCUUUUCAAAGCUUCAUCCAAAGACACCCCUGCUCUUCGUGCAGGAAAUGUGGAGCCAUACCAAUUCAUACUUCCACCAACAUGGAAGCAGACACGUGUCGCCAACAUAUUGUCUGGUAAUUACUGCCAACCAAAAUGUGCAGAGCCAUGGGUUGAGGUGAAAUUUGAGGAUGAGAAACAAGGGAAGGUUCAGAUAGUAGCUUCACCUCUUAUAAGGUUGACCAAUAAACCCAAUGCAACAAUUGAAGAUAUUGGAAGUCCUGAAAAGUUAAUUGCUUCUCUUGGACCCUUUGUUACUGGAAAUACUUUGGAUCCUGAUGAGCUUCUUGAGUCUUCAAUCGAAAAGCUUGGAGAUCAGACGUACUACAAAUAUGUGCUUGAGACUCCAUUUGCUCUAACUGGUUCACACAAUCUCGCGAAAGCAACAGCAAAGGGAAACACAGUUGUGUUGUUUGUAGCAAGCGCAAGCGAUAAACAAUGGCAAUCUUCAGAGAAGACUCUCAAAGCUAUGCUUGAUUCUUUUCAGGUCUAAUUAAACCUUAUUUUCAUUGAUUGACUUGUAUUCAACCUUAUAUAUAUUGGAUAUAAUUACUCAUAUUGUCUACCAAUUUUGAAUCAAUCACAAGAGUUCAUAACAAUUUUUAUUAUGUAUUAAGAUCUGGCCUGAAUCCAGAUGAUCUUACUCAGUUAUGGAGUGUAGAAAGAUCUGUCAAUAAUAAAGCCAUUAUUAUUUCACUUGUGAAAAAA